UUUCUAAAAAUCAGACAAAGAAAACUAUCAAGUUUCUUAUGGCGUGAUGUUUAACGAGCCAUGAGAAAAUACCGCUUAUAAAUGUAUUCAACAUGCCCUGGUCUAUUCUUGACUGAUAUGCGAAGACGACCAACGUUGGCUGGUACUUUAGACAACCGAACAUCACGCAUCGUCCAAUUCCCCGAAUAGUCCAUGCACCCAACUGUUUGUCAGCACGCCGACAACUAAUAUGGAUGACCAGUCGAUGACAAAAGUCACUGAGCAGCUACAAGAUAAGGCACAAAAGGGCAAGGUCAAUGAGUUGAAAGCCAAGAAACAGCUGAAAGAGGAGAGACGGGACGAUGACUACACGAGUUUGAGUCCCAACCCUGGGCCCAGUACUGAGACGAAUAUAUACAACAGGCACGAGACCAAGGCUCAGAGGGAUCUGGCUAACGUGGAGAAACAUGUAAACAGUUGCAGAACGAUGAUCUCCGAUGUGAAGGGACUGCUUGAUGGACAGCAAGCCCUGUCCGAUCCAAGGGAGCAGGCAUGGAGGCAAGAGCUAGCUUACGUUGAGAAGGGACUGAAGUUCCCGAAGACGGUGAUAGCUGUGAAAGGGAACACAGGAGAGGGAAAGUCAAGCCUGAUGAACGCAGUGCUCGACCAUGGCAAUGUCCUACCUACUUCCGGCCUGCGGUCGUGUACAACUGUCGUGGUAGAGGUUGUUCAGAAUACAACUAGCGACAGUUUCGAGGCAGAUAUCGAGUUCCUAGAGAGCAAGGAAUGGUUUGACGAGCUACAGAUACUGCUGAAAGAGUUACAGGACGACACAAACAAGAAGAAUGAUGCGUGCGCCGCCAACUGCAAGGUGAAGGCCGUGUAUGGUCGGAUUGACUCAUUCGAGAUCCUGUCUAAAAUAACCGACGUUACCAACAUGCUCGGCAGCACUAUUCACAUCCAGGAAAAUGACCCCGAGGAAUUCCGCCUCAAAAUAGAAAAGUACAUUGAGAAUCUGGACUCAGGUACCGGAGGUCAAUACUGGCCGAUAGUGAAGCACGUAAAACUACGAAUGCCCCAUUGUGAUGUGUGCAGUAGUGGGACCACACUGGUCGAUCUGCCGGGGUCGAGGGACUCGAAUGCUGCCAGGGAUGAGAUUGCAAAUAAUUACCUGAAGAACUGCACGGCAGUAUGGGUUGUGUCUAGUAUUCACCGAGCGAUCGAUGACAAGAUGGCCAAAGACUUGCUAGGGGCGAAUUUCCGGCGCCAGUUGCUCAUGGAUGGACAGUACGGCAGUAUCACCUUCAUAUGCACCAAGACUGAUGUCAUCACGCCCUCAGAAAUCAUCAGGUCACUUAAUCUUAAAAAGAAAACAAAAGAAUAUGACGAAAACAUGAAAAACAUGGAAAAUAUGAAGACCGCUGUUGUCAAAGAGAUCGCUAACGUCAACAACGUGCUGGGUGGACUUAGAAAGAGUAUAGAGGAUCAGAAAAAUGAAGCCCGGGAACUGAAGGACACUCUGGCUAAUAUUGACUCCCUGCUCGAACCAGCAGAAGGAGAACAGGUACAGGAGCUGAAGAUUCAGGAGUAUAAGGAAGAUUUGAAUACCAAGGAUGCCCUGAUCAGGGAAAACGAGGACCUGGAAAACAAACUGCUUCAGCAGAAAAAGGAGGCCUGUGAGAAGAAAACGUCCCUGGAGAAAACAAUUUCCCAAGAGAGGAAUAAGAUAGUCGCCAUCUGCGCCCUGGCUAGGAACGACUACUCUAUCUCACAUAUCAAACGAGACUUCAAGGAUGGUUUAAGAGAGAUGAAGCGUCAGAAUGGGAUGUUGAACACUGAAGACCCCGAGGAGGAAGAAGACCUAUAUUCUGAUGACAGCGACGACGAUGAUGGGGACACUGGCAGUGCUACUAACAACUUACGGGUAUUCUGCUGCAGCUCCACUGAGUAUCAGAAGAUGAAAAACCUGUCCGCCUAUGAUGGGCCUCCGCAGGUGUUCAGUAACUUGACGGACACCCAGAUUCCUGCCCUGCGGAAUUACGUACACGAGAUGACGUACAACCGGCAGCGUCAAUCCUUGGAGAGGCUCAUACACAACCUGGGCAGGCUCGUGUUUGACAUGCACAUCUACGCCUCUGGGAGGUUAAACACGAUUGCAAGAGGCAUUGAAGCUGUCGGGAGUGCCAUCGAAGAUGAGCUAGAGAGGCUGGACACCGACCUGGGUAACGUGUUACAGAAGUUGAAUGCCGACAUAGACAAAAUUUUUGACGGCAAUCUUAAACCAAAGAUUGAGAAGGGAGCGUCCAGUGCCUCUGAGGAGGCUAAAAAUAUAUGUGCCAAGUGGGGUGUGCCAUCUGAAACAAUGGACAGGCGUGCAGGAGGUCUCAGUUGUAAAACCUACAUAGCCACCACCCGUCGCAAUGGGGUGUAUACCUCAUCCAGAUUUGGACAAGUUGAUUUCAACGCGGAACUUGCUGCACCUAUGUAUUGGAGCAUUGCCAUUGACUGGAAUAAGGCAUUCAGUGAGAUGUUGUGGCGGGUGAUGGAUGAACUGUAUACUGACAUAGUGGCCCGGAUACGGGGCUUCACUGACAGGCUACAGAAGCAGCUUGAGUUACUUGGGAUUUCGGCCAUGCGGACUGCCCGCCUCGCUACGCAGGCCAAUUGCUCUGCAAACAACAAGCUGGCGGAGAUGGUAAGCAACCUAAAGGACGUGGUCACGCCUCGGCAGCGGGACAUUUACCGCAUUGUGACGCCCCACAUACAGACAAUGAUGCUUGACGAUUAUAGGAAGUGUGCAGCUGACUCCGGCAAGGGGGUGUUUGUCCGCAUGAAGACGUACAUGGCCCAGGGUAUCGACAACAAGCGGGGCACCAUGUUUGACGAGGCAAAACAGAUGCUCAUGGAACAACUGAUGAAGCUGCGGACUGAACUAGUUCAGGAUGUGAAGAGUGUGAAAGACAUCCUCAUCACAGACUUGAGGCGGGGAUUCGAACCCGUGUGGGAGGCCACAUCUAAAUCAUUGGUUUUACGACAGGCAUUUGCAAAAGUUCUUGAUGAGUUCACAGACAAAAUGCGAGUCAUUUACCGAGAAGCUGGUAUUCGGAACACAGAAGAGGGGCACAAUUCCCUGCCACAGGAGUCCGGCAGUGUUACCACUGUUACUAGGGUACAGGGGGAUUCCACAGUUGCCAGGCAACCAGAUUGUCCGACAAACACGGAUACAAUUCACCAGAUGGAAGACUUUUCGUAUGACACAGCAAGCACUGAGGCAUCCCCUAUGGCUAUUGGACAACAGACUCUGAACGGUUUUUAUCAAAAUCCUCCGGAGGACAGCCCAGCGGUCAUGUCACCUUUACCUAAGAAAGAACCCGAUGAAACAGCUACGUUUUCCGAACCACAAGCAAAAGAAAUGAUACAUUUCACAGAUGAUGAAUAAGAAAAAAAAAACAAUGACACAGAACAUGAAUACGAAUCGUGAAGUGUCAUUAACUGUAUGGAAAAUACUGUUGUAUAUGUGUGAUGUGAUGCAACAGACUCGAUUGAUAUGGGGCUGCUGUGUACAGUGUGGACAAACCAUGGGUUGUGACGUCAUGUUCGUGUACAUUUUUUUCCUUAGCCUGCGCUAUGUUGUUAUGAAAAUAACGACCUUCAGCUAUAAUACUAUCAGAAACGAGUGGUAUUUUGCUUCCCGCAAUAACCAAAUGUGACGUCACAAACCACGUGGUAUAUUCACUCUGUGUGUACCAGCUUUAGGUGGUCUUCUUCAUGGAAAAUCUGUUGCAAGCGCCUGGUGGUUGGACAACCCAUUACAUUUGAAGGCAUGACUAGCAAAAGUAGUUCUUGACAAUAUGAUUUCGUAGCUUGCUGUUGAUUUCACAAAUUGUUUGUUGCAGUAUUUGUUAAGUAUAUCUUUAGUGAUCUUAAUAUUUUGCUGUCAAUGUUAUGGUGUUGAUAAAAGUAACGAAUGUUAUUUUUUCUUGUGUAUAUUAUUUCUGCAACAUUUUAUGUUAAAUGUGCUUUUAUCACCAUAAAUGGUUGGUUUUUAAGGAUGCUUUAUUAUAUUUUCUUUGAAAAGAACAAUAUUGAAUAUAAAUGUGAUUUAACCCACUUCUUACAAUUGAAUGAAUGUGAACACUUGCAAAGCAGACAUGCCUUAUUUUAGUGUUAGGGUCCCUAUGAUCUUAUUUAUAAUGUUAUAUCAAUUGUCAAACAGGUGUACCCAUGUUUGGCUGAUAUUGUUCAACUAGUAUGUUUUAUUACAAUGUUAUAAUACUUCUAAUAGGAUGUUGAAUAGUUUUAUUUUUUUACCAAUUUAAUUUUAGCAUUAAAUGAAAUCACGUAAAUAAUUAGCAGUUAAAAUCAGUGUUAUUAUUCUUCUAAAAUAGUCAUUGUAACUGUUGAAGAUAUUUAUGUAAUUCACCACAGUUUGGUUACUUUUCAAGACUGAAUUGUUGUUAUCUUCACUUGGUAUGUGGUCUUAGUUCGGUUUGGAUUGUUGCUGGUUUGCCAAAUAUAAUUGUGUACCUUUGUGUUGUGUAUUAAUCUUUUACCUGUCCAAUACAAUAGCGAUUCGAAAGUUUCCUUAAUAAUUAUUAUUUGCUUUAAAUUGUUUAUUCUUUAAAUAAAAAGGCGUUCCAUUUUGUACAAGUAGCUUACAUAACAAUUGCCAUGUUGGUUAAGAAAGCCAAUUUGAGUAUACAAUAAUUUAUUUGAAUCAAUCUGUUGAAAAUUGAAUAGUUGAUAUUAUUAAUAUUUUUUUAAUAAAUAAACCUGUUCAGAAAUGCAUUCGAUAGUAUUUCAAAAAGGGAGGUGUCUGUGCUAUUCUAUAAAUAUAACCCGACCAUUCGCAGUUUAAUAUUAAAUUGUAAUGAAGUCGUUAAAAAUUUAGGCAUAUAGGCGCGAACGCCGUCCUCCUGUGAUUUUUUCAGCUAUUAAUACUAGUACAAUAAACUUGGUCAUAUAAUUUAUGGAGAUUUUUAAGUUUGUAGAAAAUAAUUUACGGAUGAAAAGGUCCUAUCGGAUAUCAUCUGAUGUCAAUUCUAAUCCUUCUUUGUUAUAAUAUAGAGUUUUAUAACUUAUUCUUCUCCCAACAUAUAUUAUGGAAGUGGCGUGUAUUGAUCAAUACAGACAGAACCAAGUGAAUCCACUUCCAAAAAGGGCGGACAUCCGCGACAUCAGACGAAUUGGUAAUAAACUGCAAGAAGUUGUUGACACUUACAAAUACCUGGGUCAUCUUUCAAUCUAAAGGCGAUUUUACAAACAAAGCGAACGCAUUGGCGAAGGGCGCAGGAAGAGCCUAGGGAAGCAGUAUUCAUAGCACUAUACAUACUUUGUGAUGCUUUAAUGUAUGUGUAUGAUCAUGUUUGUAUAUAGCGCAUGGCAAGUCAAUAAAUAUAUACUAAGUUA